CAUGAGAGAAAAAGAGAGACGAACCACUGAUAAAAGCUAAGCGCGUUGAGAAGACGACCCUCUGGUAUUCUGCAAGAGGAACAAACCAUGGCUUACGUCGAGAGAGGUGUGGUAAAAUCCAAACGUUCUAUAUGGCGAUUGAAGACUAUCACUGAUUUCUUUUGGUCCAUCAUCAACUUCAUUAGCGUGUUUUUUGCAACUAUGUUUUCGAUGGAAAAAACAGAUGCCUACAGAAAAGGUUCAGGAUCCAGUAAGAAGUGGGAUGGGGGCGGUCCUGGAGGCCCUGGAAGUGGUCCAUAUGGUGGUGGUCCACGUGGGCCACCUCGUGGAUUGGAUAAUGUCCGAGGCAUUGACCACAGCUCUCUUCCUGCCUGUGGUUCUUGCUGCGGAUAAAUGAUGCCACUUUUGAGAAUCUAUGGUUUGGGAUCUUAUUCCAUAAACACUUAAUAGUGAAAUGUGUGUAGGUUUCUGCACUUAUGCUUAUAUUUAAACUUGGAAGCGUGUUCAUAUGUCCUGUUCAUCCUAAAACUUUAAUAAAACUCAGAUAGUUUUCUUUCUUUUGUACU